AUGCAUUUGCCGCUCCUGGUGGCAGCCAGACAGGACAGACAGACGCCUCCAGCGGACCAUAGCCAUACGGGCGGAGGCGAAGGCGGAGCCCUAGCGGAUUCCGCAGCAACCGGAGCCACUGUGGCGCCCGUCAGCAUCGCCGGUCCCGGCCGCCUCGCUCGCAGCUUGAACGGCCUGGGCGGCACCAGUGUCGGUGGCGGCGGCAUCGGCAGCGGCGUCGGCGGAGUCAGUGUCGGUGGCCAUAACCACCACCAUCACCUGCAUCAUCACUACGCCCCCUACGCCCCCUCGCCGUACCAUCCCGUUCAGCCGUACAGCGGUGCCUAUCCGUCGGCUGCCUCACAUCCGCCCGCAAUGGUCACCUCGUCCUCCGCCUCGCCAACGGGCAAUGGCUGGAGCAGCACCACCGGUGACUUCAAGGGCACGGUGGCAGUCACAGCUGUGGGUUCGGGAGCGGGAACUGCGGCUGGACAAGGAGCCACCACCGCCACCGCCGGGGCAGGUGGAACGGCCUCCGAGGUCGUGGCCCUGGCCGUCUCCAGCAGUGCCAGUGUGGGCAGCAGUUCGCCCACUGGUGGUGCUAGCAAUGGUACUGCUCAUAGUGGACAUAGCGGCAGCACCACCAGCAAUGGCAACAGCAACAAUAAUAAUAAUAAUAGCGCCGGCAACAGCAAUAACAACAACAACAACAACAACAAUAACAAUAAUGCAGUGCACCAGGAUCUGCUGUGGAUGGAGCGAUUGGUGCAGAAGCGACAGCAGGAGCAUCCCGGCGAACUAGUGCGCACGAGCAAUCCGUACUUUCUGUGCUCCGCCCUGCCCUCCCAUUGGCGCUCCAAUAAGACGCUGCCGCUGGCCUUCAAGGUCGUCGCCCUGGCGGAGGUGGGCGAUGGCACCUACGUCACCAUCCGGGCCGGUAACGAUGAGAACUGCUGCGCGGAGCUCCGGAAUUGCACUGCCCAGAUGAAGAACGAUGUGGCCAAGUUCAACGAUCUGCGAUUUGUGGGUCGCAGCGGAAGAGGAAAGAGCUUUACCCUGACCAUCACGGUGGCCACGAGUCCGCCGCAGGUGGCAACCUACGCCAAAGCCAUCAAGGUGACCGUCGAUGGACCCCGAGAGCCGCGCUCAAAGACAAGUCCCACAGGUGGUCCACACUAUCGAGCCUUGGGCAUUGGCCAGCGGCCCUAUAUCGAUGGCUUCCCAAAGGCUCUCCAUGAGCUGGAGACACUGCGUCGCUCGGCAAAAGUGGCGGCUGCCACAACGGCCGCUGCUGCUGCGGCAACGGCCGCCACAGCGGCUACUGCUGUUGCAGCGGCCGCAGCAGCGGUGGCGGUCACGCCAGCGGGCGGAGGUGGCGGCCUGGCCGGCGGCGGUGGUGGAGGCGGAGUCGGACCCGGUGCCGGGCUGGUGCAGCAAUUGAGCAGCAAUUACUCAUCGCCGAAUAGUACAAUCAACUCGGACUGCCAGGUCUACAAGCCAAAUGCGCCGCACAUUCAAGAAACCGAUCUGAUGGGCGCCGGCGAGUGGACGGGAUCUUCCAGUUCAGCGGCGGCUUACUAUCACAGCCACGCCCACCACCAUCCCCAUGCCCACCAUCCGCAUCAUGCCCACGCCCAUGCCCACCUGCAGCACCAAAUGGCCUUGCCGCCGCCGCCUCCGCCACCAGCCGCUGCUCCCGUUUCGGUGGGCGGCAACGGAGCCACCAUGGGCGUAGGCGUGGGCGUGGGUAUGGGGAUGAAUCAUUAUGGCGGCGGCUACGAUUCAGCCAACUCCCUGGAGGCCGGCAACUAUGCUGCCCAUUUGCCCGCCGUGCUGCCCGAGAUGCAUGGCCAUGGAUUUGCCACGGAUCCCUACCAGACCGCUGGCUAUGGCAGCAGCAGCGUGGGUGUGGCCGGCAGCGGCAGUGCCUCCAAGUCGGAACUGGACUACGGCGGGAGCUACAAUCAGGCAUGGUCGAAUGGCUACCAGAACUACCAGUACGGCAGCUGCUCGGCCACGGCCCAAUAUGGUCCUCAGGCGGCGCCGCCUCCUCCGCCGCCGCCACCGCCGCCCGUGGUACUGUACCCGCAGCUGUACUCUACGGUCAACCAGAACCAGAUCCACCUCCAUCUGCACAGUAGCGAGAAGCUGGAGCAGUACCUGGGCUCCGCCACCGGCGGUGAGCAGCUGACCAUCAGUUCGCUGACCGGCAGCAGCCGCUCCAGUAUUGAAAUUGGGGGGAAUCAGGGGGAUCAAUACCAGCAACAGCAGCAGCAGCAGCACCUGACCCAUUCGCACUCAUCGCAUGGCCAGCACGGCCAGGUGGUGGAGUCCUCCAAUGAGGUCGGCGGCGUUGUGGUGGAGGCUGCACGGGAGGAGGACGUGGGCGAUCUCACGCAGGUGUGGCGACCCUAUUGACCCAGUCGGAUAACCCGUCCAGUCCCGCCCUCCUUUGCCACUCACGCCCAUGUCCACCCACAUCCCCAUCCGCAUCCGCAUCAACACCCACCGCUGCACCUGCACAUCGAACUGAACUAGGCGAGCAGCAGGAUCAAGAACUGUACAAUUCUUUUUUUUUUUUUUUUUUAGCUAAUAAAGUAUGUAUAACUUAAUAAUCCCCAGAUAUUGGAGAGCUGUAUAUAAAGUUUAUAUAUCCUAGGGAAUAAUCAUAAACCGGAAAGGCCCUGUUUCCAUUUUUGUUUUCAGAGUAUUUUGAUGUAUCGAUACUGUAUUGAUAUAUAGAUAAAUCUGUGAGAUAAAUCGAUUUUUUGUUUGAUAUCGGACUUAUCGGAAUGAGAGACCAAUUAAUUGAAAUUCUUCGUUAAUAUCAACUUAUUAAAGUUAAAUUGGUUAUUUUUUUAUAUUUUGAAUUUCGUUACAACAAAAAAAGUAUAAGGACGGCAGAGAAUUUCGAUAUAUCAGUACUGUAUUGAUAUUUGAGGUGAAAGUCGAUAGUUAGUAGUUCAGUGCGAUAAAUUGACUUUUAGUUUGAUAUGUAAAGGAACAAUCUUAUCGGAAUGAUAUAUAUUUUUUUAUUUUUUGAAUAUUUUUCUAUAAUAUCGACUUUUGAAAUUAAACUCGAUAUAUUUUUUUUAAAUUUCGAUAUAUUAAAGUUUACAAUAUUUUCGAUAUUAAUCAGAUUUUCAGAUUUUACACAAACUGCUUAGACUCCAAUUAGGAAACAGGGUUAAUAGUCAGAGAAACUUCUAUAACUUGAACCCGCAAAGAACUGUAUCUGCAUAAAUAUUUUUAAUUUACAAAAAUAAAUAAAUACAUUUUUAUUACAUCAAUCAAUUACAGGUUCAAGUUAAAGUUGUUUCUCUGCAGCCUAAUAAUAAUAUGAAUAAAAAUAUUGAUAUAAAGCCACCACCCACCCUGACACCUGACCAGGGGCUGUACAUAAUAGAAUGUUUAUAAAUAAGAUCUAAAUUAAGCGUAAAUUAUGGACUAUAAACCCAGAGAGCACCACCCUUUCCCAACAAAUCAUAGAGCAGCACCACUUUUUUUUUGCUAUAUUUAAGCCUAGAAAGAUACUCGAUAAUGCCGCACAACUAUCUAUAAAUAUAUAUAAUAUAUAUAAAUACAAAGAUAUAUAUUAAUAUACCAUUGUAUGUAUACAUUUUUUUUCUGUUACCUUGUGUGUGUGUGUGAAUCUUCCAAAGGAUUCAAAGUGAAAGCAAAAAGCU